AUGAAUUCACUCACGCCGCUCUCCUCUGCGUCCCCGUCUUCUGUCUCUUCCUCGACCUCACGCUCAAAUCAUGGAGAUCAGUUAACACGCGCUUUGGAGGAUACUCACCUGGCCGCUCCUCCUGCUACCUCUACACCCGCUCCUGGACCUCCCAACACCGCCUCUUCAACCGCCACAGCCACCUCACUUCUCUCAACUUCGUCGUCUACCUCGACCCAGAAACCCCCCAGAGCAAAGAUGACCAACCGGCUCAGUCGCAUGUUCUCUCAGACUCGGUCUUCAACACCGUCUGCAGCUGUCUCACCCAACAGACAGGGCCUCGAUCCCGUAUCCAAGGCUAACGGAGCCGCUACUAUCACUUCCACCAUGAUGAUGCAUCCGCCCUCACCAGCCACCGUCCCAGCAGACAGAAAGGUGGACCAGAAGACCACAGAAAAGAAACCAGACGGCAGGUCUGCAGACAAAAAGACAGAAAAGGGCAAAGAUGCCGCCCAGACCAUAAAGCGGUUCGAGAUACUCGCAGACGGAACACACAAACACACUCUCAAGUCAGCCAGGCGCCAGGAAAAGCUCUCGGACAUGCUACGAGACAUUAUCGGUGCUGGGAAGAAGAAGGAUGAUGCCCAUGCCCACGCUCACCCUGCCCAGGCUGACGACCAGCAGCAGCUCUCCCUCGUCUCAACCUGGGUUGACCAGCUCAAGAACGAAAAGGAGAAGAUGGCAGCCGACAAGAAGGGCGGGCCCAACAGCACGGCCUCCCUUGUUGACAAGUACGGCAAGUGCCACGAAAUCGUCGGCCGUGGCGCCUUUGGUAUCGUCCGUAUCUCCCACAAGAUCGACCCCAAGGACUCCAAGACGGAACACGUCUACGCUGUUAAAGAAUUCCGCCGUCGGCCCCAGGAAACGGUCAAGAAGUACCAGAAACGCCUCACUUCUGAAUUCUGUAUAUCUUCUUCCCUACGCCACCCAAACAUCAUACAUACUCUCGACCUUAUGCAAGACGCCAAGGGUGACUACUGUGAAGUCAUGGAGUACUGUGCCGGAGGAGACCUGUAUACCCUCAUCCUCGCUGCCGGAAAGCUAGAAGUGGGAGAGGCCGACUGCUACUUCAAACAACUCAUGCGCGGAGUCGAGUACAUGCAUGAAAUGGGCGUUGCCCAUCGAGAUCUCAAACCUGAAAACCUACUCCUCACCACCCACGGCGCACUCAAGAUUACAGAUUUCGGGAAUGGGGAAUGUUUCCGCAUGGCAUGGGAGAAGGAGGCGCACAUGACUGCCGGCUUAUGUGGGUCUGCACCGUAUAUCGCACCAGAGGAAUAUGUGGACAAGGAGUUCGACCCCAGAGCUGUGGACCUGUGGGCUACUGGCGUGAUAUACAUGGCCAUGAGGACCGGCCGGCAUCUGUGGCGCCAAGCGCAAAAGGAUGAAGACGAAUUUUAUGAUCGCUAUCUAGAAGGGAGGAGAGACGAGGACGGUUAUGCACCUAUCGAGACCUUACAUCGCGCACGCUGCAGGAAUGUCAUCUAUUCCAUCCUUGACCCCAAUCCUGGUCGCCGCAUUACUGCUUCACAGGUCCUUAAAUCAGAAUGGGUCCGAGAUAUCAAGCUAUGCAAAGCUGGUGAAGAAGGAUUCUAA